CGGAAUACCUCAAUAUGGCCGAGCGCAUCUUGCGGUCGACCGUAGCAUGGGCUAUGAGAGGUCUCCUGUGCGCCUGUAGGUUCUUAUGGGUGAGUCCGUACAAUGUUGCAGAUCGUCCCCGAAAAACUGGACCCAUUUGUGACUCCCACUUUGAAAACAUCACAGGUCCAGAGUCUGAGAGCAGGGCGAAACGCACCCAUCAGGAAGGUAGAGAUGUCCUCCACAAUCAGCUGGUGAAAGCAGCUGGAGAAAUCCAGCAGCUGAAGUCUCAGCUGGCCAGUCAGAGGGCCUCCUGGGAGAAGAGGUUUGUGGAGCUGCAGAGGAGGCAGCAGGUGCUGAGAGAGCAGCUGGCUUCCAAGACCUUCGUCAGGACUGGAGUCUUCCUAAAGGAUGGCCCAAAAAUGGACGGAAACUUUGGCGAGAACCAGACAGAGAUGGAAGCAGAGAGUGGCGGGUAUUUGGAGGGGUGGCGUGAGGCACCAUCUCUGGCAGCAGGGGACAGAGGCCUUCAGAAGCACAGGUUGCCAUGAAUUCCAGACCGGACAUGGCGCCAACACAACACAGCAGGACAACGUGGUGGACUGCGAGAAAUUAAUUUUAUUACAACAUUUUCUCAUGGCCCGGUGGUUGGACGUGUUAUUUUAUUGUUGUGUAUUUCCUGUGUUUUAUUUUUGGUGUAUAUAUUUUAUGGUUUUAUGCGCAUACCUGCCUGUAACAAGAACUUCCCAGAGGGGGUAAUUAAGUUGAAUAUGAAUGAACAUUAAUCCUGCUAGCGUGCCCAGUAACCUUGCAUGUGAAACUUUCUGGGCAAGUGAAAAAAUGUAACGUAAUGUGAACUGAGUUUGUGAACACUGAUUAGUCUGGCUGAAACUGAAGCCCAUGGAGAGUCAAUGGGUGAUGUCGUAGUGACUCUGUACAUACAGUCUAUGGCUGAGAUGCCCUUACACAUCUGUCUCAUAACUUUAUGGUUCUAGGAAUCUGACAUAGUUUCCCGUAACUCUGUGGUGCUCUGAGACUGACCGGGUUGCUCAUAACCGGAGGUGGAAAAUCCAGGUUCAGAGAGUAAAUGUCCUCCCCAUUGUUUUCUUCCAAUGAACCUGUAUUUGCUAAUGAGUAUGAUUCUUCAGCCAGGAGCUGGAGCUAUUUAGUGAAAUUAGCAGGCUGUGCUCAUGGGUGUAGGAAACACAUGGCAGGACUUUUAAGUUCUGACUCGAUUCUCCACCUCUGCUCAAAACCAUAUGGUACUGGAUGUCCAAACUGCUCAUGGAUGUACUUUGUGAACAAAGCAGGAGAAUGUUGUUUCUUCUGAUGAAUCAUGACCUUGUGGAUGCAUGUGCUCUGAGCAAGCUCAACCACGGACUGCUCUGUUACUCAACCCUGAGUUAUGAAAACCAUUGAAGCGAGAUAAAAAAAACAACUUCCUUAGAUAGAGGACGGUGGGGUGAGAAUGUUCUCAGAUCGUUCUAGAUAGUUCUUUUAAUCAGGGCGUUUUUUCUUCUUCAUAUCUUCUCUUCUGCAUUUCUGUCUGCGUACGAAUGUCCUCCGAAAACCCUCUGAAACGUUAAACAGUGCAGCUGAGUGAUAACAGUCUACGGGCAUCGGCACUACUUUGCAUGCCGACUGUAGACCACUUUCUGUAGAAACGCUCUGGCUGACAGGCCUGUUGACUGUUGGCCAGCGAUCAAGUGAACAUUUGUUAUUGAUGGACUGAGUUACAGUGACAGGAUGUGAGCCAGCUUCCCCCAAAUAAAAAUCAUUUUGUGAUUUGAUCGCGGCUAUAUGAAAAUUUUCCACUUCCACGGCUGCGCCCUGUAACUGCUCGUGAAGGCCCCUCUUUGUUGACUGGUCGGUUGACCGCCAUUUCGCUGUGACUGUCACUGUGGGUAAAUGCCACUGAGAUAAGGACGACUUCUGCACAACUGAAAAUGAAAUGAACGUUUAAGUGAUAAAUAUUGCUGACAGCUGCUCUUUUUCCUUGUUCUUUUUGUCAGAGGCGCAUAAUAUGAAUAUGUUGUUUGGCGCAUUAUUUAUGGCUGGAUAUCAUGCUUAUGAACUGUUAUCUGAGUCACAAAGUUAACCACUUCCACACGUAAUCACGACGCCA